UUUGAGAGGAAGAUGGUACCGUGCACAGUGCGUCCUGUACGCGGAGCCAGGCCGUCACACACCGACUCGCUGCGGGAAUUUUGAACUCAUCAUGCCGGGAUACGUCCGAUUCCUGCUCCUACUUCUGUGCCUGAUCCUCAUCGGAGAGUGCAGGAGACAAAAAAGCAGGAAAAAGCGCUCGUGGACAUCGCCGGCGGAGAUUCACAAGCAGGGCAAUCCUCUGACGAAGAAGCUUUCGGAUGGAACCAAAUCCCGAAAGGUGAAGACAAGCCACCUUCUGCGCAUAGAUGACCAUGAUUUCACGAUGAGGCCCGCCUUCGCAGGUCCUGCUGUCCCGGUCGGCGUGGAUGUUCAGGUGGAGAGUUUGGACAGCAUAUCCGAGGUCGACAUGGACUUCACCAUGACCCUGUAUCUGAGGCACUACUGGAAGGACGAAAGGCUGGCCUUCCCCAGCUCCACCAACAAGAGCAUGACCUUCGACGGGCGACUGGUGAAGAAAAUAUGGGUACCUGACGUGUUUUUCGUCCACUCCAAGAGGUCCUUCAUCCACGACACCACCACGGACAACAUCAUGCUGCGGGUCUUCCCAGAUGGUCACGUCCUGUACAGCCUGAGGGUCACAGUUACUGCUGCAUGCAACAUGGAUUUCAGUCGCUUCCCUUUGGACUCGCAGACAUGCACACUGGAGCUGGAGAGCUAUGCUUACACGGAUGAGGACCUGAUGCUGUACUGGAAGAGCGGUGAUGAGUCCCUGAGCACCGACGACAGGAUUUCCCUGUCGCAGUUCCUCAUCCAGAAGUUUCACACUACCUCUAGACUGGCUUUCUACAGCAGCACAGGCUGGUACAACCGUCUCUACAUCAACUUCACCCUGCGGCGGCACAUCUUCUUUUUCCUGCUGCAGACCUACUUCCCCGCCACUCUGAUGGUCAUGCUGUCCUGGGUGUCCUUCUGGAUCGACCGCAGGGCCGUCCCUGCCAGAGUCUCAUUAGGUAUAACCACGGUGCUCACCAUGUCCACCAUCAUCACCGGAGUCAACGCCUCCAUGCCCAGGGUCUCCUACAUCAAAGCUGUAGACAUUUACCUCUGGGUCAGCUUUGUCUUCGUCUUCCUGUCUGUGCUUGAAUAUGCUGCCGUCAACUACCUGACGACAGUGAGGGACGGAAAAGACCGGAAGCUCAGGGAAAAAGUCAGGGAACAGAACCUCCCUUGUACCUGUGGCAUGUCCCAUACCAGGACCAUGAUGCUGGACGGUACCUACAGCGAGGCAGACACUAACAGCUUGGCAGGGUACACCAGAGCCUCCAUGAUGGCUGAGGACGCGUCUGAAAAACAAGAACGAAUGGUGGUGCACCUCUCUCUGGACAACGAGUCCACGGGGACCAAGAAAAAGGGCAUCCGCGGCUUCCGGAUAAUCCAUAACACCCACGCUAUUGACACCUACUCUCGCAUGAUUUUCCCUGGUGCCUACAUCCUUUUUAACCUGAUCUACUGGUGUGCGUACUGCUGAGUGUGUGUGUUUCAGCCUAAACUGAAGCAGUGAAAGUAAAAAGAAAAACUGCUAAACCAUUUCAUUGACAUUGGAAAAGAGAUAAUUGUUCACAAACUGCAUGAUCAGGUGGAGCGGCGAGUGGAGCGGACAGACGGCUGAAAAAUAACAGAGGCUUCUGGGUGUAAAUUUCACUAACUCUCGCCCAUGUCACCACUGGACUGGGUCACUAAUGCAGUCUCUCCUCCUUUAUAUAAUUAUAUCAUAAGCUCAUAGGUACUCCAAUCACAUUCCAACAACCUGGUGCGGCUAGUUGUACAAGUUGUGCCGUUUGACUAGUCUACUGCCAGUUGUAAAAAAAUAUAAACUGAAUAAUUUAGCCACUGAACCCCAGGGCCACCUUCAUUGACUUGUAUUAAUUGGUAUUUGGCAACUGAAUCAAAGUUUGACAGAUCAUUUACUCUCAUUUUUCUCUGUAUUGGUCUCCACCAUCUCCCAGGGAAAUAGUUGACUCUUUGGGGAAAACAAGGUUCAUGAGAGUAGAGAAUAAAGGCCAGACAACCAAAACAUUGCAUUUUAGUCAUAUCUUUGGUCGAUACAGGAAAUAUUGAUUUGCCAAGCUUUAAGAUUGUCACAGCUUUUUAAAACUGAGGAACUACUAUAUCUAUGUGAAGCUGGACUGUUGUGAUCUGAGUCAUAUUCAGACUCUUGUCUUGGUACAGCCAGGCUCUGCCAAGGCGUUCCCUAAAUAAUACUCUCUAUUUUUCAUAAUCAAACUGUCAAAAUAAUAGCGGCAUAUCAUUUGGAUGCUAUUGUCUCUGUAACCUUUGGAGCUGUCUGAGUCACAUUACUGAACAUUUAAUGAGGCAGUAAGUGAGCUUAAUACCAAGCUUUCUUCCCUGAACAUCACUCCAACUACAGUGACAACAUUUCAGUUCAACUGAAAGUCAGCGUUCCUUCCCAGUAUUACUCAUCGACUGCUGUUGACAUUCUCCAGACGACAGCAAAUGAUAAAGCCAGGACUAAACAGGAUAAUACCAAUGUAUUGUAGUAAAGUGUGUAUUUAUUUAUGGAUUUGCGGGCUUCAUUGUUCACUGACUUACUUUUAUUUAAUAUUCGUUUUAUUUAUUUCUUAACGCCGGGUUCACACCGGGCGCGGUAGCGACGCCGAAGCGCCGCUGUUAUCAGCCUGCAGUAAAAACGGCAUUUAAUAUUUUCUUUCAAGCAUAUACUUACUUGUUGCUCCAAAAUGAAUUGCAACAGCGUCCCAACAUGUGUCCUCCUUGGUGUUGUCUUUAUACAACAUGUUCCGAGGAUCAUACAACUCACUGUACUUCUCCACUUCAAUUAUUCAUUUAAUGUCAUCCAUGUUGAAGAAAUUCUCCGCUGUUUGCUCAGUUAAAUGUCGGGUGUUGAGGGUAAAUUACGUAUUCUCCACUCAAACCUAUGUGGAGAAUACGUAGCCCCCCCCCUCUCUCUUUUUAUCUUUAUGACUGCUUGUGUGGCUGUAGUGGAUGGGCAGAGGGUGACACUUAAUAAUGUGGUCGGUAAAAGUGGUAAAAUUAAAACUCCUGGACAACAGAAGGUGAAUACAAAGUAUGGGAUGCAUAUUUGAUCAUUUAUAUCAUAUAAAAUAUGUCGUCAAUAUCGUUUAAAAUAAUUUUUCCUGUCGCGAUACGCUCGCGUCAAGCGGAAAAAAAUAGACUCGACGCCGAAACGAUCGCUGCACGGCGCGAGGGAGCCGCGGCGCAACGCUAAGCUUCAGCCUCCGGUGUGUUCAGCACAAGGAUUUAACAUGGGAGUGGAUGGGAGCCAGAGGAUUGGCGCUGCGCUUACGCCUCGCUUCGGCGUCGCUUCCGCGUCCGGUGUGAACCCGGCGUAAGCGUCAAUGGAUACAUCUGCCAUUAUACCUUAAGUUGGCAAAGAAGCACGAAAUGGGGGUUGUACAAAACUGCUUGAUGCAUGCUGCAAGACGUGCAAUACUGUAUCUUUUAGACUUGUAUAUUUCCUAGAAAGGAGUUUCAAGCAUGAUAAGCUUUAGCAGUGAUGGAAACAGACUUGAACUGCCUUAAGUGAACAUUUUUUUAUACACACACAUGGUUCUAAAAUGAAUUUUGUUCAAUUUGUUUGUUUGAGUACCAUGAGUGACUGCAUAGUUUUCCUUGAGGUUUUCUCAGCAGGAUUUCAUUCGGGUUUCACAUUUUAUUUUAUGACUCGGGAAUUCAGAGGAAACUGCACCAACCACACAUCUAAAUUUCAGUCAACACUGGGGCAGCCAUAGUAAUUGCUCGAAUCAAUCGAAGACUGUGUCCGAAAUCACUUACUAAUUGCUAGUAUAGUCCACCAAAUAGUGAAUUUGCAAAUAAUGUGCUCUUGGUAUAUUUUGAAAAUGUUUUUGUACCCUAUCUAGUGGAAUCAUUGUUACCCACAGUCUAUUGUGAACGGUAGUGUACAAGUGGUGGCAAUAUAUACCAUCAAGUGUUCCUCCUGCGGCAUUGACAGGAAGACAAAUGGCAGCACAUAAAAAUAUCUGAAUUAUCAUGUGAUAGAAGACAGACAGGUUUACAUUUGCCUGGAUUUUCACAUUUUACUAUGGGUUAUUCCAUCGGCUUACUUUGUUGUUGUUGCACGUCAUAAACCUGCGAAGCAAGGACGUCAUCACUGGCUCGUUCAAAACCAGAUAGGCGUCUGAGAGCAUUGUUUCUUUUGCUGAUGGUCUACUACAUGGAAGGCCCUUUAUAGUGAGAAGGGCGUGGGUGAUUUCGGACACACCAAUUUAUUUUUUACAUCGAUCAUAGAAAGAGAGAGUUUUUAGCUCUCUUUUCUUUUGGUGGCUUUAUUUAUGUUUGUACAACUGUACAACUCCGUCCAUUUCAUAUAUGCUUAUUGCGAUAUUUCGAGUUUGCUAUUGUUAAGUUGCAUAGCAUCCCACAUAGCUGACGAGCCAGGUGGGUCCCCAUCCCUGUUUGACCUACUAUUGAUUGGUCAAAUAUUUCUCCA